UGAAGGAGUCUUCAUUAUUCUGUUGGAAGGCGCUGUGCCAUCUCCUUGACCUUGAACAGGGCCAGCUGCUCCCAGGGAACAACUUCACCAAUGAGUGCAACAUUCCAGGCAACUUCAUGUGCGGCAACGGGCGCUGCGUCCCUGGCGCCUGGCAGUGCGACGGGCUGCCCGACUGCUUUGAUGGCAGCGACGAGAAGGAGUGCCCCAAGGCUAAGUCGAAGUGCGGCCCUACGUUCUUCCCCUGUGCCAGCGGCGUCCACUGCAUCAUCGGCCGCUUCCGCUGUAACGGGUUCGAGGACUGUCCUGACGGCAGCGACGAGGAGAAUUGCACAGCAAACCCUCUGCUCUGCUCCACUGCCCGCUACCACUGCAAGAACGGCCUCUGCAUUGACAAGAGCUUCAUCUGUGACGGGCAGAACAACUGUCAGGACAACAGCGACGAGGAAAGCUGUGAAAGUUCUCAAGAACCGGGCAGCGGGCAGGUGUUUGUGACUUCGGAGAACCAGCUGGUCUACUACCCCAGCAUCACCUAUGCCAUCAUCGGCAGCUCCGUCAUCUUCGUGCUGGUGGUGGCCCUGCUGGCGCUCGUCUUGCACCACCAGCGGAAGCGGAACAACCUCAUGACGCUGCCUGUGCACCGGCUGCAGCAUCCCGUGCUGCUCUCCCGCCUGGUGGUCCUGGACCACCCCCACCACUGCAGCGUCACCUACAACGUCAACAACGGCAUCCAGUACGUGGCCAGCCAGGCUGAGCAGAACGCGUCGGACGUGGGCUCCCCGCCCUCCUACUCAGAGGCCCUGCUGGACCAAAGGCCCGCCUGGUAUGACCUGCCCCCGCCACCCUACUCUUCCGACACGGAGUCUCUGAACCAAGCCGACCUGCCACCUUACCGCUCGAGGUCCGGGAGUGCCAACAGCGCCAGCUCCCAGGCUGCCAGCAGCCUCCUGAGCACAGAAGAGGCCGGCCACAGCCCGGGGCAGCCUGGCCCUCGGGAGGGUGCCGCCGAGCCCAGGGACUCCGUGCCCAGCCAGGGCCCCGAAGAAGUAUAAAAUCCAGUUAUUCCGAAGUCCACAUGGGUUAAUCUGCUCUGACUUGUUAUCAUCUUAACAACUUGCGCUCACGGGAAGCUCCUCAGGGUGCCUCGGUGAUUUGGGGUCAGCUGUGUCUCCGUUCCUCCUCCCCCAGGUUUCAGGGAUGUUCUCUGGAGGGUGACCUGGCAUUUUUCUGGCCUCUCAGUUGAUGUGAUGCGUUGGGCAUCUUUUCUGGGAGGCUGCUCCUCCUUCUGGGCCCAGGAUCACAGCCCCACUCUUCACGUCCUGGUUCUGUCGUGGCUGGAGUCUUGCUGGGUGGGCGGCGUGAGUUUGCAGGCAGCGGGAUGAAGCGGUAUAAGUAGGCCUUGAGACAGCAUUGUCUCUGGGUCGUGUUGGAUGUUCAGAAGGGCGGGAGACACUGGACCAGAUUCUCUGUGGGCUGCCACCUGAUAGCUCCAUCUGGGGAUUUGGGUUGGAGGGUGCGCCCAGGAGGCUGUCAUUGGAUGGCCGCCCUGGGGAGAGUCCGGGGGGCUCAGAACCUGCCCUGUGCUCCCCUCUCUGGUGCUGUCAGUUCGGCAGAGGCAGUGGCCACAGGAGACUUUGACGUGAGCAACGCCCUUCAGUCAUCAGCAGUGUCCUUUUGGUUUUGUGGAUGACUCUGAAACUGUCUACUCUGGGUAGAUUCUGGCUUUAAACCUUGGCUGAGAAUCCUCUUUUGAGAGCUGUCGCAGCCGAGGAUGUCAUCAGCCUCUCCUGUCGGGGGCUAUCCAAGUGCUCAGCUCCUGAAGUGCGGGCUGCUGAGAGCAGGGCCUUGCUGUGGUCCACGGUCCCUUUGGUCCCUGGCUUCUGGAUUGUCCCCUCCCAGCUGUGACCUGCCCACAGCCAAGGGAUAAGGACACAACUUGAGGUGGCCAAUAAUCUGAUCCGGCCCUGCGUCCCUGUAACCAACCCCGCUGCCUUGCCCGUUCAUGCACCUGCGACACCAGCCUCCUAAAUCCCCCCAGCACUCGGGGUCCUUUUACCUGUGUGUCUGGACCGCCGAUGCUGCGGUUUCUCACCCCGGUGAGAACCACGUUCAGUCCCUCCCGCCAGAGCGCCCCUCCCCAAGGGCCCAACUACCAGUGCCCAACUUAGGGUCAGACCCCUCCUGACAUCCCAUAGUUUCUCCUGUGAGACAUGAACAACAGACAAUUUGGAGUCAAGGUUUGCCAUUCGGACUUUUAAAAAAAAAAUCUCUUAGAAAUGCAUUUGGGGCAGUGUGUUUGUUUUUCCCCUUCUAGUUAAGGGACUAUUUAUAUGUGUAUAGGAAGGCUGUCUUUUGUUUGUUUGUUUUCCAUUAGUGAGGUCCAAAGAAAGAUGCGAAAGGAGAUGGCACCUUUGUCCCUCGGAGCCCUGAUGACAAGUCACCCCAGACUGACCUGUGUGCCAGGCGUUCGUGCGUUGUUGCACUUUGAAUUAUUAUUUAUCAUAUUCUUGAAGGAAGCAGAAAAAGGGAUGUCCUUUUCUCUUGGUUCACAGUCUCUGUUGUGCUAGCUUUCCUCUUUCUCUGUGCCAGCCAGCCACACCCCCUGGGGAAAUAACGGGUAGAAAGGUGGGCCUUAUUUGGCAAGAAACCACACUGAGCGAUGGGGGGCAAAACUGGAACAGGUGGAGGCACUGGAGGUGGCCCCCCCGCCCCGGGCUUCUUUCCGUAGCUGAGAAAGGUGCGCGUCCUCUGAUUAUGUUCAGAUGGAGCCUGCAGGAGCGGGGUGAAGUGGCAUUCAGUGAUUCUGUUCUGUAGACUUUUUUUUUUUUUAACCAAAAUCCAAAGUAUAUUACAGGAAAGCUAGCCACUUGGUUGUUUUUUUUUUUUUUUAAGUAAAUGAAAGGAACCUAGUUGCUUGUAUCUUUCGUUUUUAAAAUAACGCUUGAGUUAUUUUCUGAGUAAUCCAAUAAAGAAAGGGUUUUUGAUGGGCGCCAACGUGCUUUGGGAACCCUGGCUGAACCCCACAUCUCCAUGAGUCCGAGGGCUUCAUUCCGCCUUUGAUGGGCCCUGCUUCUUUCUGGUGCUCUGGAAGUUGUUUAGAGGAAAGGAUUCUAACUUUAAUUAAUUGUGGGGUGAAUUAAUCUCACACACUUUUCUGCUUCCAGGCUUCUUAGGAAAAACAAAUGGUCCUAGUAGAUAAGGGCAGCCUAUUAGUGUUGUUUUUUAAAACAAACAAAGGGACAUUUUUAUUAUAGAUUUGAUUUUUUUAAUGAAUGUUUUAAAAAAUAUAUAAGUAGGACACCAAAGCUGCAGGGUUUUUGGGGGGUUUUUUUCCUCACUCAAGAUAGCAAAUAAGUAGCCAGCAAUAUUUUUUAACUCAUUCCAACCAGGAUGUUUUUUUAUUCAUUGCCUAAAUCUAUGCCAAUGAGAAAACCGUGUCUACUGUCAUUUCUCAAAUGAGAUCAGCGGGUCCUUUUUAUUUUAACAUUAGAAUCAGUCCACUGUGGUGGAUAGCCUGACUCAGCGCCCUUGACUUUGAAAUCGACAUCCUAAAAAAAUGCAGCUAAGUGGUUACUUAACAGUGUGUGAUGUUCACAGCUGAUGCAAACUGGGAAGGUUGUGUGUGGUUGCUCUUUGGUUUUUGGUUAGGUUUUAUUUUUUUUUUUUAAUUUUAUACUUUCAAAUAAACUUGCAGUUUUCACUCUUU